AUGAGCACCAGCAGUACAGCAGGAAAAGUAAUAAAAUGCAAAGCAGCUGUGCUGUGGGAGCCUAAAAAACCCUUUUCGAUUGAGGAGAUAGAGGUUGCACCCCCAAAAGCGAAAGAAGUUCGUAUUAAGAUAGUAGCCACAGGAGUCUGUCGCUCAGAUGACCAUGUUGUUUCUGGACAAUUGGCCACACCUUUUCCUGUGAUCUUAGGCCAUGAAGCAGCAGGAAUUGUGGAGAGCAUUGGAGAAGGGGUGACUACAGUCAAACCAGGUGAUAAAGUUAUCCCGCUGUUUACUCCCCAGUGUGGAAAAUGUGAAGUUUGUAGACACCCAGAAAGCAACUUCUGCAUGAAAAAUGAUCUAAUUUUACCUCGGGGAAGCAUGCAGGAUGGCAGCAUCAGGUUCACCUGCAGAGGAAAGCCCAUCCACCACUUUAUCAGCACCAGCACCUUUUCUGAGUACACAGUGGUAGAUGAGAUCUCAGUGGCCAAGAUCGAUCCAGCUGCACCUCUGGAGAAAGUCUGCCUCAUUGGUUGUGGAUUUUCUACAGGUUAUGGGUCUGCUGUCCAAGUUGCCAAGGUCACCAAGGGCUCCACCUGUGCUGUGUUUGGCCUUGGAGGGGUUGGCCUGUGUGUAAUCAUGGGCUGUAAAGCAGCUGGAGCAGCCAGGAUCAUUGGCGUGGAUAUCAACAAAGACAAAUUUGCAAAGGCCAAAGAGGUGGGGGCCACUGAGUGCAUCAACCCCCAGGACUUCAAGAAACCCAUCCACGAGGUGCUGACGGAAAUGACUGGUGGAGGGGUGGACUUUUCCUUUGAAGUGAUAGGUCGGCAUGACACUAUGAUUUCGGCUCUGUCAUGCUGUCAUGGAGCGUAUGGAGUAAGCGUCAUUAUAGGGGUACCUCCGGGUGCCACAAAUCUCGAAAUGAACCCCAUGUUACUAUUGACAGGACGCACAUGGAAAGGAGCAAUUUUUGGUGGCUACAAAAGUAAAGAUGCUGUCCCCAAACUUGUGGCUGACUUCAUGGCCAAGAAGUUUCAACUGGAUUCAAUAAUAACCCAUGUUUUACCUUUUGAAAAAAUAAAUGAAGGGUUUGAUCUUCUUCGCUCUGGAAAGAGUAUCCGUACCAUCCUGACAUUUUGA